UAGCAAGGCUAUGCUCGCUGACUGGCUCACUGAGUCACUUUGUGGAAAGUCACAAGUUUUCCUUAAUUUUUGGUCAGUCACAGUGGCCAGGUAUUUUGCCACUUGUGUACUUUCUCUCUAUUUAGGGCCAAAUAGCAUUCCAGUUUGCUCGUUUUUUUGUUUUUGUUAAAUUGUUUCCAAUGUGUCAAGUAAUUAUUUGUUUUCUUAUGCUUUAAUUGUGUUGCUGUCCUGGGGCUCCGGAGGUGUGUUUGUGAACAGAGUCCCCAGGGCCAGCAUGCUCAGGGGACUGACUCUUCUCCAGGUUCCUCUCUGUGUGUGAUGGAAGGUUUGGGAAUCGCUUCCAUACGUGAUGACGUAAAUACAACGCGUCACGGACAUGUGUCUAGCUAGUUUUCGUAAACAAAAAAUAAUAAUAUGUUUGAAAGGAUUCACGCCUUGAAGUCAUUAUAUAUUGAUGAUAAAGAAUACUGUAUCUAUAAUGUUAACUAUAGCUACGCCAUCCACCCCAUUAGCUAACUAGAGUAACUAUAUGCUCGCUAGUUAGCUAACAUGCUAGCUAGCGCGUUUUUAACCAUCAUCUUCGCCUUCUCUCAAAAAAAAAGUUUGAUAUUAAAUGGACAUUUAUUUUAACGACAGGGGUAGUGUUCUCCGUUUAAAAUGUUAAAUAUCCGUGAUUAAAUGAGAAAAGAAGGACCGCGACGGACUAAACACGUAUGAAGGAAUGUAGCUAGUUAGCUGACGCCAGUAGGUAUGCUAUAGCCAGUUGUACGAGCUAAGCACACCGAAAUUAUUCGGCUAGUAUUUGCACCGCGAUACUUUAACUUGUUAACCAGCCAGCUAUAGUGGUGUCAAGUUGAAGGACUCCAUUGUCCGGUGCAUUUUGAGUAGUCUGUUCCCCAGAAAAUCGCAUCGAGCCGUCAUCAUCAUCAUCUCUCGAAUGGAACGGUGACAAAGAUGCUGAAGAUUCUCCUUGUCCUUUGUACGCUCGGCUGUGCUCUUGUUACUUGGGAUGGAGUCGAUGCAGACGGUGAAUUGCUCAAAAUGAUACCCUCUGCAGAUGGCGUGUCGUUCAUCCGGCUCGUCAAUGGGGACAGUGAGUGUUCUGGGCGUGUGGAGGUGCUCCAGAGAAACCAGUGGGGGACGGUGUGUGACCACGGCUGGGACCUGAGGGAGGCUGACGUGGUGUGCCUGGAGCUGGGCUGUGGGCUGGCUGAGAACGCCCUCCGUGGAGCUGCGUUUGGCAGGGGCUCCAGAGAGAUCUGGCUGAGGCACGUCCAGUGCUCUGGCCACGAGGCGAGCCUGACGCGAUGUCCCAGGGUCCUCCACAGUUACCUCACCUGCACCCAUAAUAAUGACGCUGGGGUGAAAUGCUCAGGUACACUGUUGAUGCCCACCCUGUCCCUGCUCUCCCCUCACACUGUCUUCUCUGCCGGGGAGGCGGUUCGCUUCAGCUGUACCGUGCUACUGGGCCACCACCUGAAUGACUUCCACCUGUAUAAGAGGGGCAUAGCCACCCCGUUGGUGACUCAGAGGGUGGACUCUGCCCAGACCAGGGUGGAGCUGACUCUGUCAGACCUGGAGGCUACCCACCAGGGCAGCUACAGCUGUCUGUACAGGAUCAAGGGCAGCUCUCCCUCCUCCAUGCUUCGCUCUCCACCCAGCAACUCUAUCAACAUCACUGUGGUGGAGCUGCACACCCCUCGGCACUGGCACAACACGUCCAUCGAGGCUCCCACGGGCUCUGUCAUCAAAGGUCACAGCUUCAACAUCACCUGCUCCACCGAGCAGCAGUACCCUGGAGGUUCUUUCCAGCUGCGUCUGAUCCGUUCCAAUGGCACGGUGCGACAGUCGCUGCCUGCCCUCUCUCCCUUCGUCACCUUCACCUUUUCAAACGCACAGCGCUCCAACGAGGGCUACUAUUACUGCCUCUACAAGGUCCAGCUGGGCGGGAGAACCUUCAUGUCCCGGGAGAGCCAACCGCUCCCUAUCUCCAUCAGAGACCCAGACCCAGUGUUGAGCCCUAUGGUGAUCAGCUGGCUGGCGUCUGCUCUGACCUUCCUCGUGGCGCUCCUCAUCAUCAUCAUCAUCGUUGCCAGAGUGCUCUGCAAGAGGGAGAAGAAACCCUCGGAGCUAGAGAGAGAGACCAGAACCUGUGUGGAGAACACUUACGUUGCCUUAGCAAUAAAAUUGUGAGUUGGGCAGUUGCUAUGUUUUUGAGAGAACCAUUAAAGAUGGAACCAUGGAGAGACAUUCCUGAGCUGACAAACCUUCCUGAAGGAUGGCUCUGGAGCACAGGUGGAGAAGACACAAGACCAAGUUAUCCGAAAACACUAGGAAGGAGACAUCGACACGAAAAUGCCUCAAUCUCUCAGCAUCUACUAGUAGUACCUGGUAGAAUCCUGCAUUAGAACAUGACAGCAGCACUUGGUAGAGGUACAGUAAUUGUUAGGUCAUCGUCUAUAUACCAGGUACACUGUAAUAAACACUACAAUCAACUAUGAAAAGGGCAUUGACUAUAAUGACCCUUUCUGGACACAUUGGCCUUUCUGGACCAGUUCUCAGGCCAGCUACAACUGACAAUUAUGGACAUGAAAUAGAACACUGUGUUCCAAUGAUUUAAAAUAUCCAAUGUAGCGGUUUUUAUCUCUCAAAUCAUUUCUGUGUAAAAAUGAAGUACUUUACUGUGAUUGUUUUCAAAUAAAAUGAUCAAAAAUAAACAAAAAAAUAGCUUAUUUUGCAAAGAAUUUCUCAAGCAAUCAUUUUUCUAGGACUGUCUGGGAGUGGUCUGAGUGUAGUAAAUGGGACUAGUUAUUAGUUUUAACUAAUAUACCGCCUAGUGAUGCCACCAGGCAGGUCAAAUCUACAUCCCACCAAAAACAGGCUGAAAUUUCAGGCCAUCUCAAAGUGGAAAUAUAUAUAUAUAUAUAUAUAUAAAACACAGGAAAAGCACAUUUUAAAUGUAUGGUUGGGCCUUUAAAUGAUGGUUGAAUAAGACUUGAUGGUCAACAAGAGAACAGUGGACACUUAUUGGACUGAAGAAAGAUUCACUUAGGUUUGUCGGCUCUGCUUCUGAAUGGAGUAGUUUGAUAGACUGGUCUCAGGUCUGUUUGUGCUGACUUGCCACUGUUGGUGAGACAAUAACAACAGAAGUGGGUAAGACGGCACAAACAGAUCUGGGACCAGGCUAGAAGUUUGAUACUGGUACUAAGACUUUAAGUUUGACUGUGAAACAUAAUUUAGGUUUCUUGUUAAUGUGUUUACACAAUUCAUCUAAUUAAUUUUGUUUUAUUAAAAGACAGCACUGUAAAUUAACAGGGGACAACAUCAAGGAUAAUUAAUUCUUGCUUUUACAGAUUGUGAUCUAUGGUUAAGAGAAAUGUCUAAUAUUGCAGCUAUAGGAGUUGGAAAGGAAGCACGAACAGAUCUGGGACCAUCUUACUGAUAGUUGUGACGUUGCCUCGGAUGCCCAGGCUUUGCUCCAUUUGGAAAGAUGGCUUUGAGACCCGUUGGGACGUCAGGGUAGCCUAGUGGUUAGAGCAUUAGACUAGUAACCGGAAGGUUGCAAGUUCAAACCCCUGAGCUGACAAGGUACAAAUCUGUCGUUCUGCCCCUGAACAGGCAGUUAACCCACUGUUCCUAGGCUGUCAUUGAAAAUAAGAAUAUGUUCUUAACUGACUUGUCUAGUUAAAUAAAGGUAAAAUAAAUCAAUAAAAUCUCAGAGAGAGACCCGUUGGGACGUCCAUCUCAGAGAGAGACCCGUUGGGACUUCCAUCUCAGAGAGACCCGUAUGCCCUCUGUAGUAUCUAGAAUCUAUUGGGGUUUUAUAUUUCACUCGGUUAUGAAUUACCACAUUCACCGAUAUCACUAAGUUCUAUUCACUGUGGAGCUGGGAACAAAUGACAAAGUGUUGGAGGAAAUGAUAGUUGAAAUUAUUAAUUAUGUAUACAUUUAAAUUAGAACCAUUUAUUUUAAUACUAUUAUGUUGUGGUACGAAAUGUAUGGGUUUUUAGUUAAACUAGGACUGAAAAUGUUGUUAAAACGAAUGAAUUGUCUGUACCUUGCGGGUUUAAGGAAGUGGGAUGGUAUAUCUUUUAGACAGAUUGGAAUGUUUGUUUUAUGAGGGGAGUAGAAGACAAUCUCCAGACCUGAAGACUAUUGUGUGGAUCGGAGAAAGUGUGAGAACUGAUGACGUCAUUUUAAUCUUCUCUUUAAAAUGUAAUGUUCUUUGUAUUUUGGGUCAGUACUCUCUUGAAUUAAACGCUGUUACCUGACUUUUAA